AGAGCCACCAUGGCGCACGGCGGGACACGCGUGUCCGCCGCCGCUCCACGCGGGGCCGCCCGCUUGCCGCUGCUACUGCUGCUGCCGUCGCUGCUGGCUGCCACCGCCGCCGCUCUGCGCUGCGCAGAGCCCUGUGGCCGCCCGCGCCCCGGAGCCCUGACCCGUGGGGCACGCAGCCCUCCGGAGCCGCGGCGAGGGAGUGGGGCGGCGGCGGGGGACGGCCGGUACAGGAGAGCAUCCUCGCCGGCGGACCGGGAGCAGGUCUCCCUCAUCAGCACCUCCUUCGUGCUCAAAGGGGACGCAUCUCACAACCAGGCGAUGGUGCACUGGACGGGCGAGAACAGCAGCGUCAUCCUGAUCCUGACCAAGUAUUAUCAUACUGACAUGGGGAAAGUGCUGGAGAGCUCUUUGUGGAGGUCCUCAGACUUUGGGACACUGUACACAAAGUUGAAUCUACAGGCUGGGAUUGUGAUUGACAACUUCUACAUUUGUCCCACCAACAAAAAAAAGAUAAUUCUUGUAAGUUCCUCCCAUAAUGACCGGGACCAAAGUCUUUUCAUAAGCACAGAUGAAGGAGCCACUUUCCAGAAACAACCUAUAACUUUCUUCGUGGAAACUCUCCUUUUUCACCCCAAAGAAGAGGAUAAAGUACUGGCUUACACCAAGGAAGGCAAGGUUUAUGUAUCCAUUGACUUGGGGAACAAAUGGACCCUUCUGCAGGAACGAGUCUCAAAAGAUCAUAUCUUUUGGGCUGUUGCUGGAGUUGACGGAGACCCUGAUUUAGUUCAUAUGGAAAUCCAGGACCCCAGUGGAGGUUACCGGUACAUGACUUGCCGGAUCCAGAACUGCUCUGAGAAGACAAUGACAGUCCAGUUUGCUGGGGGCACUGACAGGGAUUCCCUGACUGUGCAGGAUGACUACAUAUUUCUGCAGACAACCUCAGCAAAUCGGACCAAGUAUUACGUGUCCUACCGGCGCAACGGCUUCGUACAGAUGAAACUGCCAAAAUAUGCACUGCCAAAAGAUUUACAGAUAAUUAGUACAGAUGAAAACCAGGUCUUCGUGGCUGUUCAGGAGUGGUACCAGACAGACACCUACAACCUCUACCAGUCUGACCCCCAAGGUGUUUACUACUCUAUCCUGCUGGAGAACGUCCGGAGCACAAAGCAGCCAGAGGAGAAUGUCCUGAUAGAUAUUCUGGAGGUCAGAGGUGUAAAAGGAGUCUUUCUGGCCAACCAGAAAAUUGAUGGCAAAGUUACAACUCUGAUAACCUACAACAAAGGCCGUGACUGGGAUUUCCUAAACCCUCCAGACAUCGACAUGAAUGGCAAACCCACUAACUGCAAGCCUCCUGACUGCUACCUUCACCUCCAUCUCCGCUGGGCAGACAAUCCCUACGUGUCAGGAACAGUCCACACGAAGGACACAGCACCAGGGCUCAUCAUGGGGGCAGGUAACUUGGGGUCCCAGCUGGUUGAGUAUAAAGAAGAGAUGUACAUAACUUCUGACUGUGGGAAGACAUGGAGGCAGGUCUUUGAAGAAGAGCAUCACAUCUUGUACCUGGACCACGGUGGAGUUAUUGUGGCCAUCAAAGACACUUCUAUUCCUCUGAAAAUACUCAAGUUCAGCAUAGAUGAAGGCCAGACGUGGAGUACACAUAACUUUACCAGCACUUCAGUAUUUGUGGAUGGGUUGCUCAGUGAGCCUGGUGAUGAGACACUGGUCAUGACAGUCUUCGGACACAUUAGCUACCGCUCGGACUGGGAGCUGGUGAAGGUGGACUUCAGACCUUCUUUCCCCAGGGAGUGCACUGAUGAUGACUAUGAGUCUUGGGAGCUCACAAACCUACAGGGUGAUCGUUGCAUCAUGGGCCAGCAGAGGAGCUUUCGGAAGAGGAAGAUUUCAUCCUGGUGCAUUAAAGGGAGAAGUUUCACAUCAGCUCUCACAUCCAGAGUCUGUGAAUGUGCAAACUCUGAUUUCUUAUGUGAUUAUGGGUUUGAGCGCUCCGCACCGCUGAAGUCAGAGUCCAGCAAAUGCUUUGCUGACUUUUGGUUUGACCCAGAGGCACCUCCUGAAGACUGUGUGUUGGGGCAGGCAUACACCAGCAGCACUGGGUACAGGAAAGUUGUUUCCAAUGUGUGUGAAGGUGGCGUAGACCUGCAGCAGAACUUAGCACAACACAUGUGUCCACUGAUUGCUCCCAGGGGACUUCAGAUCAGCAUCAGAGAAGAAAGCCUGGCUGUUAAGCCUGGGGAAGACAUCACCUUCAUCGUCAGACAAGAGCAGGGUGACAUGUUGAAUACCAAAUACCAAGUGGAUCUUGGAGAUGGCUUUAAGGCAAUCUACGUGAACCUGACGAUGACUGGAGAGCCCAUCCGGCACCGCUACGAGACCCCUGGCAUCUACCGCGUCUCGGUGAAGGCUGAGAACGUGGCUGGGCACGAUGAGGCUGUGGUGUUCAUCCAAGUCAGCUCUCCACUGCAGGCUUUAAACUUGGAAGUGGUUCCAGUCGUUGGGAGAAACCAGGAGGUGAACCUGACAGCCAUCAUUCUGCCUAAGAACCCUAAUUUGACAGUCUUCUACUGGUGGAUAGGAAACAAUCUUCAGCCUCUCCUGACGUUGGACAGUUUUCUGGUGACAAAGUUUGCUGAGACAGGUGAUGUCAGAGUCACAGUGCAAGCUUCCUGUGGGAGCUCCAUGCUUCAGGACUCAAAAGUUGUGCAUGUUUUUGAUCAUUUUCAUGUUCUUCCUCUGAAGUUUACUAAGCACCUGGACACGUACAACCCUGACAUCCCGGAGUGGAGGGAAGACAUAGGCCGGGUGGUAACACAACUGCUGGCAAAGGAAACCAACACGCCCGAAGAAGCGCUGGUGACGGUGGUGAAGCCAGGUCUGCCCACAGCUGCUGACCUGCAUGUGCUGCUGCCAGCAAACCAGCCCAAACAUAGGAGAAGUGUAACUAGUGAUAAGAGAAUAGAGGCUAUAAAGCAGGCCUUGAAUGCACACAACAUCAGUUUCUUCCUGAGGGGAGGAUACUGGGUCUUGGUGACGUUAGCUGACUCCGAUUCAGAUGCUCAGAGGAUUGGAGGAGGCAGUGGCUACUGGGCUAUCGUGGUUCUCUUUGUCAUCUGUCUCGUGGUGAUUGGGGCUUUCAUCCUCUACAAGUUCAAAAGGAAACUGCCAGGCAGAAAUGUCUACGCCCAGAUGCACAACGAAAAAGAGCAGGAGAUGACAAGCCCUGUUAAUCACAGUGAGGACACCCAGAACAUCAUCCAGGGCAAUCACUCAGGCGUGGUUUUGAGCAUCAACUCCAGGGAGAUGCACAGUUACCUGGUUAGCUGAUAUUCACAGCUGAACACAAAACCCCGACAGACUCUUCUCUAUAGCGAUUUAUUUUUCCCUGGUGAUGUCACAAAAUUGCAAAUCUGACUGUAAAUGCUGCUGGAGAGGAGGUUUCUUAUCAGUCCCAUGGAGAAAAAGGUUCACCAUCAGUUACCAAGGGAGAAGAGGAAUUCGUCUUGUGUUUUCUCUCCAUGGCCUGAGAACUUGUCACGAUUGAAACUCAAGCUGUGGUAGCAAACUUGUAGCCCUAGGCACCUCCAAUGCCACCUUCUUUCUUUUCUGUAUAUGCUCUAGUUCUUUAUGUUUAUUUUUAGAAGGAUCAACUGUAACUUUUUAACUAUAUUUUUAAUUGAGGUAUUCAGUGGAAGGCUGGGACUUUUCAGCCCAAACAAAAAAGGGUGAUUUUUACACAAGUGACUAGACCAGAACAGAUGGUUGCUUGAUCACAAUGACAUAUUUUUAGGAGGCCAAGUGUUUCUAUGCUGGGAGAGGACUGAGCAAGGAGACAAAUGCACUCCUAGUCCAUAUAAGCUCUUAACUUAAACAUGUGUAAGACAAUCUAAUGAAUUUAGGCUUAGGCCCUUCUGUGGAUUAAAGUGGUAAUUAAGGUGUCUCAUAUUGUAGGAUAAUGCUCUUGUAUGUGUAGCAAGUCCUGACAAACCAUCAGCACCAGUAUCUGCCCCGGUCCUGCCCCUUGUCAAACAAAAACACCAGCUUGAAUGCUCUUUCCAGACCAGGUGCCUUCAGUCAUGGACAGUCAUUUCAGUCGCUCUCCUCCUGUCUCCUGAGCUAGCAGCUCUAGGCUGAUGGCAGCUGCUGGAUGAGUUAUGCUGUAAAAGUCCAUGCUGCCUCUUCUUAACUUUCCAGAGAGUGGAAAUGCCUCCUCCAAGGACCUUUCUUUACAUGGCGGUUGUUCUAAGAUUGCUGUCAGGAAGGCAGUGCUGGGUAAGUCAGAGCUCUCCUCCAGG